AUGGUUAUUUUAACGCGCUCUAAGUUUAGAGUUAUAUUCCUUGUUCUCGGUGUAUUGUUAUUAUGUCAUUGGGCUUCGGCUCAAUGGACAAGAAUAUUAACGCAUAAUGCUUAUGCCGAGUAUCAAAUUAAAUUGAAAGAACCACGUCUUUGUGAUCCAACCGUUCAACAGUAUUCAGGAUAUCUUGAAGUUAAUAAUACUAAACAUUUAUUCUUUUGGUUUUUCGAAUCGAGAAAUAAACCUCAUAAAGAUCCGAUCGUUCUUUGGCUUAAUGGUGGUCCAGGAUGUUCCUCACUAAAUGGCUUAUACUAUGAACUUGGACCUUGUUCUAUUAACCCAGGAGGAAAUAGUACAACUUUUAAUCCUUACUCAUGGAUUAACAAUUCUAGUAUUAUUUUCUUGGAUCAACCAACUUAUACUGGAUAUUCUUAUGGUGACAAUGCAUCAGAUGAUGUAUCUAAUACUUUAGUCGCUGCACUUGAUGUAUACGCGUUCUUACAAAUAUUUUUUCAAGAGUUUCCUAAAUAUACUGAUUUAGAUUUCCAUAUUGCUGGUGAAUCGUAUUCAGGACAUUAUAUACCCGCUAUAGCCUCAGAUAUAAAUAAUUACAACAAUGACUAUUAUACUAAAAAGAAUCUUAUUCAUAUAAAUCUUGAAUCUAUCUUGAUUGGAAAUGGUUUUGUAAACCCUCUAGUGCAAUAUAAAUAUUAUCCAGACAUGGUCUGUGAUUCAACUUAUGGACCAGUAUUAGAUAAUUCCACAUGUAAUCAGAUGAGGAUAGAUUAUAAUCAAUGUUUUAACUUGAUUAAAAUAUGUUAUGAUUCAAAAAAUAUAACAGACC